AUGUCAGAAUAUGUCAUCACCUACUCUUCUUUGCCUGAAGAUGAUAAAAUCUGCCCGAUUUGUCACGAAGAAUUUGAAGAAUAUAUAAAUAAUGAGAAAGUUAUUAAUAAGCUUAAAUGUGGACAUAUUUUCCACCAGGAUUGCAUAAUUAAUUGGGCUUUAUCAGACAAUGAGAACAGAUAUAAAUGUCCGUUGUGUCGUGAAGAAAUUGAAUUUAAUGAGGCACACAAAGAAUUUAAGGAGAGAAUGAAGAAAGCUGGGUUUACUUUUGAAGAUGAUGUUCAUAAUUAA